CGCUACCAAUAUCCACUAAAACAAAUGUUAUUUGGCCUUAUUAGUACACCAGUGGAUUGUGGAUAGACUAAAGCAUGACUCUAUCAUGUGCAGGGUGUACUUCUGAGGCCAAAUGAAAAAUUUGUAAUUAUAUGAGAUAAAUGCUGAUUCUGACUUGAAUGUUAGAAAAUAUUUUUGAAAUUAUGUGUCUUUAAACAUUAUUUUUUAUUACUUACGAUUCAGAAUUUAUUACAAGUGUCCAAUAUUAAAAUCACAGAAUGGGGAAUAAGGAUGAAUAACAAUGGAUGGCAAAGUAAAAUGAAUAUGAAGAUGAGUGAGAUGGCAACUCCAAAUAUGGCAGCAAUUUGAACAGCUAUGCACUUAGUAAUGUUGGGAAUCUAGAUGCAAGAUUGGGGUGAAAUGGGUCAGAAGGAAGCAGUUAAACAUAAUUUUUAUUUAAAGUUUAGAAAAUGGACAAAAGUAAAAGUUCAAGACAUCAUUCUUCUAAAAGACAUUUAAGUGCAUCAAUAAAAAGUCAUAAAAGACCAAAAUCAUCUUAUAAAGGUGAUGAAACUCCACCAUUAUUAGAUUUGAAACAUAUCUCUAGUAUGGACUCCUUAAUGAAAAAAAGAGAAUCAUUGAAAAGGGAACUUAAAGAUAUAUCCAAACAGUCCUUGAGUAGCUCUAAAUCAAAGAAUAGUGAAAAUAAAAAAUAUGAACAUAGAUCAAAGCAGAAAGAAACAAAAACAAGCUAUAAGAGUAAAACAAAACAAAAGGAACUAAAAAAUAGUAAAAGUGCAAAUAAACAAGUGGCUUCUUCUCCUGCAAAUGAAUAUGGAAUGUUAGAUUCAGAAGAUGAAGAGCAUAUAAUUGAACUUAGAAGAAAAAAAAGAAAAAUGUUAAUUGAACAACUUGUCACCAGAAAUGAUAGUACUGAAAAUUUAAGUGAUAACAAUAAAAAAAGUUUUGAUGAUAGCAACGAGAAUGUUCAAUCUUUGAUUGAAACUAACAAAAUAAACUCGACAGAAGCAUCAAAUCAUCUUACAGAUAUGUUUGCAGAAGAUGAUUUUAAAUGUAAUGAUGGUGCUAAUAAAGUUACUCAAGACACUGACAGUAGUACCCAAUUAAUAGAUAAUUGGGAUGAUGCAGACAGUUAUUACAUUAUCAAAACUGGAGACAUGCUAGACUGUAAUAAAUAUACAAUCAAAACUUUAGUAGGUCAAGGGGUUUUUGCAAAUGUUGUUAAAGCUCAAGAUAAUAAAGAAAACAGAGAAGUUGCUAUCAAAAUAAUGAGAAACAAUGAUUUAAUGUACAGCACUGGUUUAAAAGAGAUCAUUACAUUAGCACAAUUAAAUAAAGCAGAUCCAGACAAUAAACAUCAUUGCAUUAAAAUGAUAACCCAUUUUACACACAAAAGGCAUCUUUGUUUAGUGUUAGAGUCAAUGCAUAUGGAUUUGAGAAGCGUUAUAAAGAAAUACGGUAGAAAUAAUGGUCUUAACUUGAAAGCACUAAUGAGUUAUACAAGGCAAUUAAUAUUAGCCUUAAGAUUACUUAAGAAAAUUGGAGUUAUUCAUGCCGAUAUUAAACCUGAUAAUAUCUUAGUAAAUGAAAAGAAAAAUGUAUUAAAAUUGUGUGACUUUGGGUCUGCUUUUAAGAUUAAUGAAAAUGAGCCCACUCCAUAUUUGGUUUCAAGGUUUUAUAGAGCACCUGAAGUUAUACUAGGUAUACCAUCCAGCUAUGGGGUAGAUUUAUGGUCAACUGCAUGUACAAUAUAUGAAAUAGCUACAAGUAAAAUACUUUUCACAGGAAGUUCUAAUAAUAAAAUGUUAAAGUGUUUUAUGGACUUAAAAGGAAGAAUUCCUACAAGACUUAUAAGAAAGGGGAAAUUUAAAGAUCAACAUUUUGAUUAUAAUAACAAUUUUCUAUUGCAUAAAAAGGAUGAGUUUACAGGGAGGGAAAAAUAUGAAGUUAUAAGUAAUGUAACUAUUGUAAGGGAUUUAAAUAAAGAGUUGAAGAAAAGCUUUAUAGAUAUGACAUCUAAUGAGGAACAAAAAGUAUUUCAACUUAAAGAUUUGUUGCACAAAAUGUUAAUGCUAGAUCCAGGACAUAGGCUAUCCUUAACUGAUAGCAUAAAACACCCAUUUGUUCAAGAAACUUUGCAAAAGUAAAUUCGAGGUGGUAAUAAAUACGUUGCAUUUCA